GUUUACGAAUCCGUGCUCAAAUCUAAGCCUGCAGACGAGGUUGUCACCGCAGUUGCGGCCAACAAUCUUGCAUCGUUGAUUGGUAUUACCAACUCACAUGAGGCAAAGAAACGCAUCAAGGCUGCAACCGCCGCCGGACUUUCGCAGAAGUUCACGUCUGUGCAGAAAAUCGGUACAUAA